AUGGGUGAUGCGGAGGCCCCUGAGGCCACUCGACUGCUGGAAGAGACGAAGCCAAGCUCCAAGGGUGAGGGGCUCGCAGAGCUUUGUAUGGUGGUCAUUGGCAUUGGCUACCUCUUUCCAAUCGCCGCCAUUUGGGCUGCCUUCGACUACUGGAAACUGCUUUUUCCUGAUCAAAAUGUGGAGUUUGCUGUGACGGCCUUGUACCAGGCAGGUUCCAUCUUGACGGUGCUUGCCUUGUCCUUCGUGGAGACGUUUCAGUUUGGGCCACGAAUUUUGGGAGGCUUUGCUGGGCAGUUCCUUUGCCUCUCAGUCAUCCUCGGGUUCAAGUGGCUCCGUUGUCCUCCCUCCCUUCUCUAUGACUUGCUGCUGGGUGUGGUGCUGCUUUGCUCGGUGGCCACGGGCUAUUUGGACUCCGCGCUGCUUUCGCUCUGCUCGCAAUACAGCUCCAAGAUGCAGGCGUAUUUGCAGAUCGGUUUGGGUUUUGGGACCCUGGUCUCCGUGGCUUAUCGCGACGUGACGAAGCUGGUGGCCUCAGAGGUCUCCGUGGCCUCGACGGUGUUCUUCGUGGUGGCCCUAGCCACGGUGCUGGUUUGUAUUUCCGCCUAUCGCUUGCUUAUGCUGCUGCCCGCCUCGCAGCACCUCCGCCUUCCACGCGGAACGUCGAGGGCUGACUACGGCGCAGCGUCUACCGACGGCGACGCCUCGGGUGAAAACGCGGUCGCCAAGGUCGAAAGCGGAGCGACGGUGGGAGCGGUGCUAUCAGUGGUGUGGUUCAAUCAGCUAGUGAUCUUUGGGAACUUCUUCCUCACGACCUUGUGCUACCCAGGCCUGAUCACUGCGAUUCCUUGCAAGCAGAUGAAGUCCUUGGAUGUGGACGAAUGGUUUCAAACAAUUCUCUUAACUGUGUUUGCCAUGUUUGACAUCGUGGCCCGCUUUUGCACGCACAUCCGCUUCGGCCUUGACCAUGGAAAUGUCCAGUACACGGUCCUCCUGCGAGCCCUCUUGGUUCCUCUUAUGCUGACCAGUGCUGUCGGAGCUACCAGCGAUUUUUGGUCCAUGGUGGCUGUCGCAGCCUUUGGCCUGUUGAAUGGCUACAGCGGAUCCUUGUCGCUGAUCGUGAUCAACGAGAUUCCCACGCUCACCGCCGAGCAACGGAAGACCUGUGGUCGAUUGUCGGCCUGUGCAGUGAACGGCGGACUGUGCCUGGGGUCAUUGGUUGCCUCUGCGAUGAGUACAAAGCUGCAGUUGGAUUAG